GACUGACUGGCCAAUACGGGACAAGGCGUCACGGAUGAGACGUCCAUUCGAUCUGGCCUCGUUAAACGAUGUCCUUAUUACUACGAGCUGUCACCAGCGAUGAACGAUCGCCAGUCAACUCGGCCCAGCCAAACAACCGAUGACCUGGACGAAAUAACGAAGAGCAAAGGGAAGAACAAGUGGCCGAUAAGCAUUGCUGAGAGCACCAGUAACAAGCGUCAACAGGGGGACUCGCUGUCAGCUCUAACGAGGCUUCGUGAAAAGAGUCAGCACGCGAGAGACCAAGCAAACGCUAAGCUGCUGGAACUUGAAGAAAAGUGUCUUCAACUUGAGGAAAAGCGAGAGAGUCGAGAAGAAAAUCAAGCCAAGGCGCAGUUGGAACUUAUCAGUGCGCAGACCCGCUCUGUGGAAAUCGGUAACACAACACAGCUUCUUCUCCAAAAAAAUGCAUCUAGACUGUCCCGAGAGGCACCAUUUCCAUAGCAUCCAAAAUACUUAAUUGCGACCAUCAAAUGAACCUCUACGGGCG